AUGUUUUCAGAAGCAAUCGAGACAGCCACCACAGACAAAGUGAUCGCCGCGCCCGAUCCUGAUCAUGGCGUGGGGUACAGCUCCACGUCGAAGCACAAGGAUGACGCCAUUGUCCAUGCUCAUAGGCAUGUCCAACCCAUGCCUCGGCAAUUCAACUGGAUCUCUGCACUUGGAUUGGGGUUCUCCAUUACGAACUCCUGGGUUGGUUACUUGAGUUGCUUCGGACAGAACCUGGCCUACGGGGGCGCCCAAGCCUGCAUUUUUAGUCUGGUCGCGGCAUUCAUGGUGCAGGUGAUUGUCACCUUGGGGCUUGCGGAGUUGGCAUCUGCCUUCCCAUCGAGUGGUGGCCAAUACCACUUUUGCUACAUCCUUAGUCCGGACCGCACGAAGCGGUAUAGUGCCUUUGUUGUGGGAUGGCUUUCGAUUCUGGCGUGGUGGGUGGUCACCUGCUCAGGCCUUUCCCUCGUUGCCGUUUGCAUCAAUGGAAUUGCAAAUUUCUAUCAUCCAGUAUACACCGCCAGUCAGUGGCAGACGUACCUGAUGUAUCUUGGUGCGUCCGUCGUAACAAGUAGGCUUAAUCAGGAUUCGAUUCUACACCAAGCACUGAUCCAUCCCACAGUCAUGCCCGUAUUCGCAGCGCCGAAGAGAAUCUCCCUUGUCACUCAGUGUGCACUGUACCUCACACUUGCGGGGUAUUUGGUCUUUUUCGUUGUAAUACUCUCCAUGCACCAGCAGGUUCAGCCAGGCUCAUUCAUUCUCUCCUCGGCGCAAGGGAAUAGCGGAUGGAGCAGAGGCACAGCGUGGAUACUCGCGAUCAAUAAUUCCAUGUAUGCAUACGGCAGCACAGAUGCAGUGAUUCAUAUCUGUGAGGAGCUCCCUCAACCAGGACGGCGCGUGCCGCAGGUAAUGAUCAUGACCUUGGCCAUAGGCGCGGUCACUAGUAUAUCAUUAUUCGUGGCAUUGAUGUUCUUCGUCGACGAUAUUGAUGCUGUGCGAGAUGCUUCUCUUCCGAGACUGUCUAUUAUUCUCGCGAUAAUCUACGCCGGUGGGUUUACGACCUCCUCCCGGACAAUAAGCUGCUCAUAUACUGAUAAAGCAGCAUCCCUCCCCUCACAAUGGGUAACAUGCGGACGAAUAGCGUGGGCAUUUUCUAGAGACAACGGACUCCCCUUCCCCGAAUACUUCUCCCAAAUCAGCAAGACCUUCAACUUUCCGGUCCACACCACUAUCGCAGCCUUCCUCUUCACCAGUCUCUACGGCCUGCUGUACCUCGCCUCCACGACCGCGUUCAACUCCAUCAUUACAUCUGCCGUGCUUUUCCUCAACAUUACCUACACAGUCCCUCAGGGUAUCCUGCUUUCCAGCGGCAGAUCAAGCAUGCCAAAACGGUAUCUGAAUCUAGGCUGGGCUGGGUAUUUCUGCAAUGGGUUUGCCGUUGUGUGGAUUGUCAUUCAGGGGGUAUUGACGUGUCUACCGCCGGAUCCUGAGGUUACCCUGGGAUCGAUGAACUACGUGUGUGUGAUUCUGGUAGGGGUGUUUUUGGUGAUUAAUCUACUAUGGGUUGCCGUGGGGAGGAAGAGGUUUAGUGGACCAGAUAUCGACUGGGGUGUGGUCAAGACCGGGCAAAGGGAGUGA